AUCGCUGUUUUUCGUAACGUUGUUGCCAUCGUCGUAACUUCUACCGAUUCACCUUAUUACAAUUUUUUCAUUUACGCACGUUAACAACGACCUGAACUUAUCUAAAUGCAAUACUUUUGCGGAAAGUUUAUGCGAGCGAUGCUUGCGUGUUUAAAAUGGACGUUUAGAGGCAAAGACACAGCGGACAAAUUCCUGCGACGUUAAAGUAGUCGAAUUUUUAUAAAACAGACCCUGCGUUUCAUGCGUCACUCUUCCAUAGAUAUCUUUGUAAUGAAAUGGCACAUACGGAAUGCAACAAGUACGUCACGUGUCCCAUGUGCAAAGGAGCAGGUAAGUCCACCACGCGCACGACGAUGGAAAUGGCUUGCUUAUCUAUUCAGCAUGAGAAUGCAAAUUCACAAGUUGCAAAAACGCAAUUUAUCGAAGCAACAUGUUCCGGAGCUUCAGGAGACCUGCGUUUUCCCACGUUAUCCGACAGCAAACUUCCGAAGGAUGUUAAUCCCGCGGCCAAUUACGGGGACCAUGCGUCUAUCUUGGAGGGCGAUUGCGCGGAAGCGCCAGAGGAUCUCGCGAGUCCGCAGGAAACUUUGAAGCACGCCAUGCAGAUCUUGAGGCAGGAGCAGUGGCAGAGCAGCGUGUCGGCCCUAAUAAAGCUAACGAACGUCUCGAGGAUUCAACCGGAAUUGCUGGACGCCAAUAUGCCUCGCAUAUACCGAGCCUUGUGCAGUUUGCUGCGAAACACGAGGCCGUACGUCGUUAGAACUGUCUGCCAGGUAGCGACGGAGUUGUACAGGACGGUCCAGUGUACGCAGAGGCCGGAAUUCGACGAACUCGCGUCCGCGUUGCUCCUGAAGAGCACGCACACGAACAAGGGGAUCCGGAGCGACGCUCAACGUGCCUUGGACUCCAUGGUGACGCAUCUGCCUCCCGCAACUUGUAUUCGGAUAUUGACGAGCGAACACGGUGCUAGCCACAAGAAUCCGUUGAUACGAGCGACCGUGAGCCGAUUGCUCUAUAAUAUUAUUAAUAUCAUUCGAGUGGAAUGUUUAUUGUCAAAUCCAAAUUUCAAAGAUUCCCGCCGGAAGGUAUUCACAAUGUGCGCUAAAUUUCUUCUCGAUGGCAAUAACGAAACGAGGAAUGAUGCAAAAAAGACAUUAAAAGCGUUGAUGGGCCAUCCCGACUUCGAUACCUUAUUUUACCAGGAUGUAGACUGGAAGAUUAUUAAUAGUAUUGAAAAGCAACUAGUGUCUCUGAAGUACAGUCAGAUUCAUAGCGUGUAACAUCAUUUGUUAUCGUUAUGUACGAAAAAUGUGAUGAUAUUGUGUGUCCAGUUUUUAAAUACUGUCCAAAUAAUAAAACACAUUGGUGACACUUACAACAUUAAGUCAAUUAGGAACAUUAUUUCUU